AUGCGUUCGAUUACUGAAUAUUUCAUGGAGAUUCAUCCUUCUCACAUUGCAUAUCUUGGAGUUUUUUCCUCACUUGGUUUUUCCAUUAUUGGCGCCGGGAUAGGCAUGUAUCUAACAGGCAGCGUUUUGCUAGGGGCUAGUAUUUUUGCUCCGGAAAUAAGAUCGAAGAAUCUAGUUUCAAUUAUUUUUUGUGAAGCAGUUGCCAUUUAUGGCAUCAUUAUGGCUAUUUUACUUCACGCAAAAUGCAAAGUUUUACCUGAUGUAAUACCUGAAGAAUAUUACCCUGCAGCAGUUACAGCUGCCGGAAGCAUAUUUUUUGGGGGACUAACGGUGGGCAUCAGUAACUUAGUUUGCGGAAUUGGAGUUGGCAUCAUCGGCAGUGGCUGUGCACUUGCUGACGCGCAAAAACCCGGAAUUUUCAUCAAAGUACUGAUCAUAGAAAUAUUUGUUAGUGCCAUUGGCCUGUUUGGGUUGAUAGUAGGCAUUGUUCAGACGCCGUGGUCGCUACCUACGCUUGUCACCCCGACAUAA